GGAUCUCCUAUAAAAUAUUCACCACUCUUUGAAAUGGAAAUUAGGCUAUUCCAAUUUAGGAAUCAAAUUAAAGCAAAUAUUCAGGGUGUUAGCGGGCUGUGCUCAUGCCUGAUUGAAGUGGCAGUUAAGGGAGGGAGGCAUGCUUUUUCCUGCAUGAAGCAGGAUCUCUCUCAGCCUGUUUUCAUCUUUACUUAGCACCUGCUGGCUUGGAGUGGUGUCACCCAAGCAAUCAGAUGGUGGAUGUGCCAAGAGCCUGACCUCCCCAUGUCUGCUGUCCCUCCCCCCAACAACCCAUGACUACCGCCCUGUCCUGAUAUAGAUAGACAGAGUCCUCUGGUUUAAAAUGACAGUCUCAAGUUCGUUUAAGAAGAGAAGCCUAAUUCAAAGAAAGAGCCAGGCCAACUUCCUUUCUCUGUAGGAAUUAUUAACCCCCUUCACCAUGGCCUACUUGGGAGCCCACUUUGCCUUUAGAUCCCGCUGGCAGAAGACCGACGAUGAACUCUGUCGACAUAGCAUGUCCUUUAUCCUUCACAAAGCCAUUUGCAACGACUUCUUUCAGAGCUAUCUCUACCUGCUGGAAAAAAUUCCCCUGGUAAAAUUAUAUGCCUUAACAAGCCAAGUCAUCAACGGCGAGAUGCAGUUCUAUGCCAGAGCUAAACUUUUCUACCAAGACGUACCAGCCACUGAAGAGGGUAUGAUGGGAAAUUUCAUUGAACUGUCCAACCCAGAUAUCCAGGCCUCUCGAGAAUUUCUCAGAAAAUUUGUGGGGGGGCCCGGGAGAGCUGGAACAGACUGCGCUUUGGAUUGCGGCUCUGGGAUAGGAAGGGUCAGCAAGCACGUCUUGUUGCCAGUUUUCAACAGCGUGGAACUGGUGGACAUGAUGGAAUCUUUCCUCCUCGAAGCCCAGAACUACCUGCAGAUAAAAGGGGACAAGGUAGAAAGCUACCACUGCUACGGCCUGCAGGAAUUCACACCCCCCUUUGGGAGAUACGAUGUCAUCUGGAUUCAGUGGGUCUCUGGGUACCUGACUGAUAAGGACCUUCUCGCAUUCCUUUCCCGGUGCCAAGAUGGUCUGAAAGAGAACGGCGUCAUCAUUCUGAAGGACAAUGUGGCUCGGGAGGGCUGUAUCUUCGAUCUCUCUGACAGCAGUGUGACUCGGGACAUGGACAUCCUCCAGAGCCUCAUUAGGAAGAGUGGGCUUGUGGUACUGGGCCAGGAGAAGCAGGAGGGCUUUCCAGAACAUUGCAUCCCAGUGUGGAUGUUUGCACUGCAAAGUGAUGGACACUCCUGACCAGCAGUAGGAAUGAAUGACUGGACUGGGGCAGUGGUGCUUUAGAACAGGGGUACUCUGCUCCAAGAUGCUCCUUGUAAUGCAGAUAGAUAGAGAUGGAGAGAAGGGAUAUGAUACAUGUCUGUAAAUUAUUGAUGAUGUAGUCGGUACAAGUUUUCACGAAUGAUAUAAUGCACACAUUCUGAUGUGCACAGACUUAGAUGUGCACACACUCUAAUGAGACAUGCAUAUACUCUGGAUUUUUUGUAAGAAAGUUGGAGGGAAACAUCA